AUUGAGAGCCUGAAAAUAAAGUAGCGCCAAUCCGCCAACUGCAAUAAACUUCUUUCUCUUCUACUAGUAGCAUUUCAGAAGGCAUUCUCAGUCCCUCCUGCUCCUUCUCCAGCAUAACCUGAAAGACGUUGGAAUGCGAACUCGGUUCCCCUGUACCGAUUACUCCAUCUCCAAUGCGUUUCAGGCCACAGAUUUCCUCCGCCUCCCCCUUCCCCAUCUCCCGCCUAUCAUUUCAUCCGGAUUCAAAGGCCUUCCUCGUUUCGAUCAGCUGUCAAUCCUAGGAAUCGAUAUCGGAAUCAAUCAAUUACCGAUCGAAAAAGCUCUGUCUAAGCUCCUCUCCGAAUGCCUACCUAACUUUAUUGAUGUUGAUUUUGAUGUUCUUCAUUCCGACAAACCAGCUCGCUCGAGAGAGGUGGACUCUAGAGAGCUCACAAGUUCGAAUUCCAACCAAAAUGAGCAAGAAGGCAUUGUUCCAGUUGAUGUCAAGCAAGAUGCCAAGUUUGACAUUCUCCAGUUUGAAAUUCCAGAGCUCGAUUCAGUCCUGCUUCCAGUGGAGGACACACCCAUUCUUCCUGACAUUUCCUUUGUUGAAAAGAAGGAAAUACCCAGUACUGAAACCACACUGCAGUAUCCCCUUGAUAUUCCACAAUCACUUUAUGCAGUAGAUGAAAUCCACUUGCCUACUUUUGAGGAGAAAAAGAUGGAAGAAGAAAUUCCUGAAGAAGCUAUGAUUGUUAGGAGCUUUUAUGAGCUCAUAGUUCGUGAGGAGCUCACUAUGACAGAUAGUUUUUUCAAAUCAUUGCCAGUGCCGGUAUGCCUGGACCAUGAAAGAUCAAGGUCACUACAUUCAUAUGUGGAGGAGAUCCUAGUUGGAUUAGAUUCAAAACAAUUGUUUGCAUCUGAUGGUUUAUAUUUGGAUUGGCAUAUUCUGGAAGAAGUGAAUAGCUGCUGUAAUGAAGAUUCUUUGUUUUCAAAACUUUUGGGGGAUGCUUACACCAUUGAUACAGCUUUGGAAUCGGGUGAUAGUGAGAUGCUAUUAUAUAAAUUUAUUUUUUCUGGUGAUUCUCCUAAGGCAUCAAAGAAAGACGCGAGUGAAGAAACACUCCACAUAUCUUUUAAUGACACUCUGGAAAAUCAUCUGCCUUUCGGUGAAAAUUCUUCAAGUACGUUGCAGGUUGAUAGUAAUAAAGGGGCAUCAACUGAUGGGGAAUCAUCCAACUCUGUUUCCAAAAAGAAAUCUUCACUUGCUGUUCCCUUCUCCCCCUUCAAUGAUCUGAAUCUUCUUUUAAAUCAAGAAGCCUUCUCAAGCGGGAAAGAACAUAAACUAACUGAUCAACUAUCUGAUUUUCAUACUGUGGAUGAUAAUAACGCAGAGUCCCAGAAAAAAGAUCAGCAUUAUCUUUCUUCCCUCAGUGAAAGUGAUAAGCUGGAAAAACAAUGGAGAUCCAUCAUUGUUGUGAACACACAAGACUUUGACAAACAAAUGAUAAUAUCACGGAUAAAAACAUACCAAAAUAUUCUUUCACUGGAGAAGAAAGGAGCACAAGUAAUAGAGCGUGACUUGCACCAUCCAGUUGAUGUCAUUAUCAGUGCCUCUAUUUGCAUUGCAUGGUAUACCUGCAGUAAUAUUGCAAAGAAAGCUACUGCAUCAGAUGAGGCCUUUUCAUGCUUGCCACUAUGUCUGGAAAAUAUUGCUACAAGUAUUUUGACUUCGCUAAGCUAUGCUUUUGAUGGCUUCAUUCUGGUCUUUGAGGGAGAGAGGAGUUUCCUGGAUGGGAUAAUAGAGUUAUCAGAUCAGCUAUAUGCCGCUGCACCUAGCCUGGGAAUUGAUAUGCAAAUCUUCUGCUCAUAUUCUCCCGAGAUGACUGAAAAAAUCAUAAUAUCAUGCAUUGAAGCAGAAUCAACGAAAAAUAGAGGCAUGCUUCCUAAAAUGCCCGAGUCGGAGACAUUAGCUGAGUCUUUUCUUACUAUGUUUCCUUCAAUCAAUCCACUUUCAGCUCAAGCAAUAGUUUCUUCUGUGAGUAUGCUUCUUGAGUUUCUGGAGUGGUCACAUGAGUGCAGAGUUCAUGCAGUUCAAAAGUAUGGGGUUUCUUAUGAUAGCAUUUGGUUAUUAAGUGCUUUGAGUAGAUACGGGGAGCGCGAGGAGUCUAAAUCAGGAAUGACAGAUUGCUCUUCGGUAUCUUCUGUUCUUGGCUCAGAGUCUCUUAAUUUUGGAAAUGACUCUGCAAGGAGAAAAAGGAAGUAUGCAGGGUAUCUACAUGAUCUUGAAGACAGUUAUCCAUGCGCAUCUGAUCCAUACCUAUCACGGAUUCCAGAAAAGACAACCUCAUUUAAUGGGUCUGGGAUGCGCAGUUUAUCUUUUGAUAACUUUUUUGAGAUGCUGAGAUGGGAGAUCAAAUGAAUAAAACUGAUCUUACUUCCAGUGGUGUAUGUUUCCCGCCAAGACAACCCCCUGCUAGGUCCAUUAUUAACAAAUUUGAUGGACAAGG